UUACCCAGCGCGAGGAGAGGGGUCAUUCCCGAGUAGAGCUAAGAUUUAGCAAAGACGGAGGCUUUAGAAGAAACCUUAAACGUGUUCAGUCCGAUUUUUAUACGUUUUUCAUCCAGUUGAACGCUUUAAAAUCAUUUUUAGUGUUACUGUUAAUUUCUAAGGCUUUUUUUCCUGGUCCUUUUUUCCGUAUUUUGCUUGUGAAGAUGAAGAAUCUGUGGUUUUUCUUCCUCGUCGGGCUCUCGGCUGGGUCUAUCAGUAAAAAGCUCUUUGUCUCGUCUGAGCCAUUUCCACAAGUGACUGAUGAUCUGUACAUAGAAGGCUUACCUUCAGGAGACUCUCCUGUAGAUGAUGAAGGUGGCGAUGACAAUGAUGAUGGAUCAGGCUCAGGAUCUGGAGACUACUCWAUAUUUGAAGACCUUGACAACCUAUUAAAAAGACAUAGCUCCUCUGGAACCGUUCGGCCCACAGAGGCUCUACCAACAUCAGAACCUUACAUCUCAACAACCACAGCAGCAGGAGGUCAGCGUCCAGAACACUCAUCAGAGGUCACUGAAUCAUCUUUCUCUGGCAACAAAAUCAUGAUUCCAGGAGAGGACUACACAUCCAACGAUGUCAUCGAUACCACUACUGACAUUCCUUCCGAUGCUUUUACCGAGUCCAACUGGGGCAGUGACUAUGUCGACGAAGACGUCACAAAACAGUUUGAUAAYAGGAUUCUUGCUGAGGGAGCACCACACGGCAGAAUGCAUGAGAUAAACUCUGCAGAGGGGGUGACCUCUGAAAACUUGUGGGAUCGGACAGAUGUGCUCGCAGCUGUGAUUGCGUGCGGAGUGGUCGGAUUCCUCUGUGCCGUUUCCCUCCUCCUCCUCCUCGCCUACCGCAUGAAGAAGAAGGAUGAAGGAAGCUACGAGCUGGGAGACACCAAGCUUUCUGCAACAGCUUAUCACAAGGCGCCGACCAAGGAGUUCUACGCCUGAACCGACCCACAGGGACAAUCUGAGGUGGACUCUGUCUCCUGCCAAUCAGGACAGGACAAACAAACGGAUCUUUAAACAGCUGAAGAUGAUUCCCUUCGAUGAAGUUUGGACUCUUUCUCCUCAUCAUUAACGCCUUUUGUCCUCUUCCUACGUUCAAUCUUUUUUUUUUUUUCUCUCGACAGCUUUUUUUUUUUUUUUUUUUACAGGAAGGGUCAUAAAGAAACGUGCCUGCCUAAGAAGGACUUUGUCAUAAAUAUUCACUUUACAUGUUAUGAAAUGAAUCUUUUCUUUGGUAUCAGUGAGUCACAUGUUUUAUUGCUAUAAAAUGGUUAACCUUACAYCUCUGAUAACACUGUGCCUUUAGACUCACCAUCCCUCCAAGUGGAACCACACUGUAAUUCAUUGUCCCUUAAAAAAAACUGAGAGCUGAACUGGUUCUUCUCAAUUUUCCUGCAUUAAGAUGAUGAAAGAAACAAGAACAACGGCUUCAGUUGUUUUCCUUGGUUGAUUUGCUUUACGCUGAAAUGGUACUACAUAUGCAAAUAGUAUUACAAAGGGUCUUCAGAUUAAUUCAUUUUGCCCUUUGAGGUCAUAUUUGCUCUGCUUGUUAACAACUGUGUGUGUUUUGUUUCAUUUACUGUAUGCUUUCUUUUGUUGAAAUGAAUAUUUUUGUUAUGAAAUGAAUAUUGUCUUUUCGUAUGCUGUCCAGUAUUGCUUUGAGAGAUUUUGUUACUCUGCAGGUACGAACGUGUGUUUUUCCCCACAUAUGUUUGACACUUAUAGAACUGACCAAAUAUAAAUGUGCUUAACUUGUUUCAUGUAAGUAAUUUUAGUGGAUUUUUAAAUGUGUUAAAGUGUAGAGAUUAUAUUUCUGUAAGCCAAAAUCAAAAGAGAUUUCUGUUAUAUUGUUACAUAGCCUUAGUAGAAGUCCCUCAGGUAUGCAUAUUUAGAACUUUAUUAUUAUUAUUAUUUUUCAUUAUUACUUUCAGGAUUUAUUUUACUUGCUAACUUGGUUCUGCAGGCAUGUGAGGCAGGUAGAGCCAAAGCUAAAUGACUAUAAUUCAAAACCCAAAGUGACCAAAGUGUUUGGAGGGAGCCAAAGCACAUUCCUCUCUUAACUGUUCGCUACAAGCAGCUGCCGUGGUGGUUUUGAAGUAAAAGGAACAGUGACGCCUUUUAAAGUUACUGAAAUUUAUAGUUCUGCAGUUUUUUUGCCCAACAAGCUUGGAUCGUUUAAAACAAAAAAAAAAUGCAUUAAAAUAAUAUAAUUAUUUGUCAUCAGUAGAUCAAUAUCUGUGUGCGACUAGAGUUGAAAGGCAAGGAUUGCAUCAAAGAGCCAGAGAAGCAUGGUGGGAGGCAGUAAACGGCAACAACAAAAGGGUGAUUAUUUUAUUAGUAUAUAAACAUACACUAUGAUGAAAAUGUAUGUAAGAAAAAGAAAAGUUGUGAACCAGGUACUUCCUUCAUCCACUGUCUGAAAACUUUCACAGCUUCUUAUUGAAUCAGAAACUUAAUGCUGUUUAAAAAGUCACGUUACUCAUUUUAUUUCCACUUUUGACUUGACUCAGAUCUGCGUUUGGUACGAAGACUGCAAACCAAUGUCACCAAAACUACUUUGAUUUCAAAAUUUUCAUUAUUUUUUUUUCUAACAAAGAUAACAUUGGUUUCUGCAUUUCUUCAGAUAUUUUUCAUGAAUUCUUUUUCGUCAGGCUUGAGUCAUUGUCCUUUUUGUGUUGCUUUUUGUGCAGUUUCUGUUUAUUGAAGUGACACUUUGAAAACAACUCUAGAUUUUUUUUUUUCAAAUGCAAACUACCUAUUUACUGUGGCUGGAAUAAACAGGAAGCUGUGGUCACCGACACAUUGUGACUCGUCGUUUUACGUGAUAUUUUUGUGAACUCUCGGUUCUUCGGUGCCUCACAACAGUGCUGAUUCACUUUCAUCUGUAGGGCUUUUAGUGUUUCUGCUGGGCUUUGAACUUUGAGCUGUACAGAAUCAAAAGACUAAACAAAGAUAAAAACCUUUGUGUCCCUGCACCAGCGUGGUCAAGGAGGACUUCUGUCCUGAAUAAACCCAAAUCGUAAAGACGAGUACUUAAAUAUAUCACUUAUAUCAUCUCUAAACUUCUACAUGUACAUUUAAUUUAUAUAUAACUUAUACUUAAGCUAGAAUUAGGAAAAYGUGGAUGAUACUUAGGAUUGUACAGAACUAUACACAAAUUCAGCCUUUGGCAUUUUUGACUGUCUUCUUUAGUCAAUUUUAGCAACAUUAAAUAUCUUUUUAUUAAAUUCAUCAGUGAUUACAAAAGAACAAUUAGUUAUAUGUAGGUAAAAUCUUUAUAUUUUCAUCAAUCGUGAGCUAUUUUUAUGGGAAAAAAGUGUGAACUAUGUUGCUGACAUUGUACUUUAAARUUCACUGCUGAAAUAAAAUGUGCCUUUAAUACA